CUCCGCUGCACUGCAGACGGCUGCGGUCACCGGUUCUGUGGGCUGUGUCUGUCCCGCCACGUGCAGCUGGCCGCACGGAGGAGGGCGUUUCCAGUGAGGUGCCCGCAGCCGGGAUGCAGGGGGACGGAGAAGAACCAGACCUGCUCUGUGUUUGGUCCCGUACCCUGGCAUGAUUCUUGGUGGUGUGUUGCGGUGCGUUUUUGUGUUUUGUCGUACUCGCAGCUGGAGGUGGAGUCCAGUCUUCCCCAGCCCCUGCGCUUCUACUGCCCCAACCCCGAAUGCAGCCUGCUCAUGGUGCUGGACGUAAGUGGGGAGCACCUGGAGAACUCCCCGGUUCGUUGUCCCGGUUGCCGCGCGCAGCUGUGUGGCCGAUGCCGGGUGUUGUGGCAUAUCGGAGUGUCCUGUGAACAGUACCGCGCGAUGCAGGUGCGUCUGGGGGCCGGCAGCAGCGGCGGCGGCGGCGGCGGCGGCGACGAAGCAGCGCUGGCUGGGGUCUCUGGUGAACGUGUCUGGAAGCCCUGUCCGCAGUGCCGUCAGCUGGUGGAGAUGGCGCAGGGGUGCAACCACAUCACAUGCAAGUGCGGCGCCGAGUGGUGCUACAAGUGCGGGGCG